CUCCAGUUUAUCAACAAUUUUUGUUUGUGUGUGUCAAUUAGGGUUAGAACAAAUUCAGUACAAUAAUGUUUUUUUAUGAAUUAUGAUAAUGGAAAGAAGAAUAAAGUUGAAAACAUUGAACAGUCAUAUAACUUGUAAGAUAUGUAGAGGGUAUCUAAUUGACGCCACGACUGUAACAGAAUGUCUUCAUACCUUUUGCAAAAGUUGUCUAGUGAAGCAUUUAGAAGAAAAAAAUACCUGUCCAACAUGCAAUAUUGUAAUCCACCAAUCUCACCCCCUACAAUACAUAAGUUUCGAUAGAACUAUGCAAGAUAUAGUGUACAAAUUGGUCCCAGAACUGCAGAAAAAUGAAAUAACUCGCGAGAGAGAAUUCUACCACCAAAGAGGCUUACCAUGUCCUAAAGACAUUCCUCCAAAUCCGGGCGAAUUGGAAGAGGAGAAACCAUCAGCUGACGUGCAUGCUGAAUCUGAUUAUCACAGACAAGACGAACAAGUCAAUGUCUGUCUAGAGUGUAUUAGUUCAAAUUUAAAAACAUUGAAAAGGCGAUUUAUUCGCUGUUCAGCGCAAGCGACGAUUCUACAUCUCAAGAAAUUCGUCGCGAAGAAAGUCCUUAAUGGGAUGGAAAAAUAUAGAGAUAUUGACAUACUUUGCAAUGAUGAGUUAUUAGGAAAGGAUCAUACUUUAAAAUUUGUUUAUGUAACAAGGUGGAGAUUUCAGAACCCGCCACUAACUCUACAGUACCGACCUAGAAUUGACAUUUAAUUUCAUUUUAUGUCCCUCUGUUGCAAUAUUAAAUGAGUAGGUUGUGAUUUUACGUUUCAACAGCAACGCCAAUUCAUAGUUUUAUAAAAUAGUACAAAUUUUUAUAAACAUAUUUGUAGAUAAUCAUUUCCAACACUAGCAUUUUCCAGCAUUUAUUUACAAGGCACUUGUUUUUUAAUUCGUUUUAAGGUAUUUUUAUAAAAUUGAUUCAAGAGCGUUUGGUACUAUUUCCGAGAUUUCUAUUUUAUUACUGUGAUUCUAAUCGUCGUAAAACCGGAGGUUUUAUGCCAUAGAGUAGGUACUUAAAGUAUCAGACGCUUUAGAUAUUGUAAAAUACAUCUCAAAGAAGUUUCAAUCAAUUCUAGAAAUUGUGGUGUAAAAUAUGUACAUGCUUAAAUCCACAUUCUUACAUUUCUGACUUGUACUUCCUAUUUCGUUGCCUGAUUUUAAACGGGGCCUGAAUUUUUUAUUAAUUUUGUAAAUAGUGAUAGGGUCAUGGAUCUUUAUUUUUAUCCCACAACGUUAUUUUGCACGAUUUUAAGCUUUAACUAUUUUUUAUCCCGUAGAGAAUAUAGCAUUAGGACACUUAUUUUAAAUGCACUCAAAUUUGUGUUAAAUUGUUUUGAAUGUAUAGUGCUGUAUUUUGUGCAAGAUGUGUAGUGUAACUGUUUUCGUAAAUUUUAAGUAUUAUCAAAAAUUGACCAGCCGUUCUAUUUACAAAAUCAAAAAACCUAAAUUUUUAUACAUUUUUAAUGUUAGGUAAGUGCGGAUUUUUUUGCAUAGCGACCUUCUAUUUUUUUUAUCGAUAACUAUUGUUAAAACUCGACCAUGCCGGUCCAGUUCUAACAAUUUCUCCAUACUUUAAUUACAUAAAUUUGUAUGUAAAGAAUUAAAUAUUUUUUAACAAA